AUGGUUAUUGUACUGGAGGAAAGUGAGUCUGUUUUACAACUUAAAGGACUCACCCCAACUGGUAAUUUGCCAUUGUUCACGUUACAAGAGGGACGUCGCGGUAUUCAAGAGGGUGCCGUAUCGGGGGGUGGUGACAGUGGCAUUUGUUUUGAAAGAAGGCGCGAAAGUGAAACAGUGCUACAACUGAAAAGCUUGAAUCCCGGUGGGAAACUUGCAGUUGGUGUAUUAGCUGGAGGUAAACCAGCACUUGAAGAAACAUUAUCGGGUCUUGAGCCUGGCCAUCGUAUUCAGUCAUUUGAUGAAGCGAAGCGUUUAGAUCAAAUAAAUGAACGUAUGCCACCAACUAUGAAUACACCUCCUGUGCAGUCACCUUCUGCCAGUCCCUCUUCGAAACGAUCUUCGGCAAUAUCUUUGAACACUGUUACCACCAUUCAUAUGACAAACAGUACUAAAUCUUGA